AUGGAGAUGCAGGAUCUUGACCCAAAGGAUGUACUUGAAGUGAAAGAUAUUAUUGGGAUUUUGGAGGCAUGGAGGCAUGUCGGCGGCACGGUCGUCCGCUUCCGCCCCAUCAAAGAGGCACGGCAGAAAAUUUUGACAUCCAAGACAAGGGCACGGCAUCCGAUACUGCUGUUGACCUCUGAGGAAUUGAUACGAGAUGUAAGUAACAAAUUCUUCCUUUUCUUCAGUGAGGAAAUUGUGUUGUUCAGAAUGGCUUCCAAAGUCCCUCCAGGACUAGAGCAUUUCUCGCGCCUCAAUCAAGCAAUCUGGUUCCAUCAACCAAACACCGUCUCCUCGACCGAGCCAGCUCUGAUCUUGCUUGUGGGAUGGAUGGAUGCAACCCCACGACACAUGGCCAAAUAUGCUGCUGGGUAUGAGAAGUUGUAUCCCUCCGCUCGAAUCCUGAUAAUCACGACAACGCAAAUCGAUGCUGCAUUUCGAACGCACACCGCCAACUUGAAUCGCAUCAAACCAGCUCUCAAUGUCCUCUACACACUGCCACCUAGCGCAAAACUUCUUGUCCAUUUCUUCUCGAAUGGUGGAGGAUUUACAACGACAAUGAUUGCAAAGGCAUACAAGGAGAGGAUGGGACGUACACUACCAGUUACUGCGAUGAUAUUGGACAGCUCGCCUGGACGAGCGACAUACGAAGCUACAGUCCGAGCAUUCUCUGUCGCUCUGCCCAACAAUAUCAUAUUGCGAACAAUUGGCAAUCUGAUCCUGCGAAUAUUCUUUGUUCUCUAUAAACUUGGCUAUCUGCUGCAAGGAAAGAUGGAUUUGGUAGACCAGGCGAGGAUGGACCUGAACGACAAAUCCAUAUUUGAUACCGAUGCGCCUCGGAUGUACAUUUACAGCGUGGCAGAUAAUAUGGUAGCAUGGCAGGCCGUGGAAGAGCAUGGCGACGAGGCACAAUCGCUUGGUUAUACCAUUGAUCGAGAGAAGUUUCUCGAGAGUGGCCAUGCAGCUCAUUUGCUGGUAGAUGCGGAUCGGUAUUGGGCAACUGUAAAGAGGCUUUGGGGUUCUGUUUCAUAG